AUGGCUGCACCGAUCGAAAUCCCGCUCAGGGAUACGGACGAGGUCAUCGAGCUCGAUCCGGAACAACUUCCCGAAGGCGAAGAGGUGCUCGGCAUCUUGAGACAGGAGCGUUCACUUUUAAACACCUGGGUCACAGUGGCGCUGGCGUAUUACAAGCAAAACAAAACCGAUGACUUUAUUAAGAUCUUGGAAGCUUCGCGGGUUGACGCGAACAUCAACUAUCGCGACUUUGAAAAGGACCAAAUGCGAGCGUACGAUAUGCUGGCCGCGUACUACGUGCAGGAGGCAAACCGUGAGAAGUCGAAGGACAAAAAACGUGAACUCUUCAUGAAGGCCACCCUCCUCUACACGACCGCCGACAAGAUCAUAAUGUACGACCAAAACCAUCUUCUGGGUCGGGCGUACUUUUGCUUGCUGGAGGGGGACAAAAUGGACCAAGCCGAUGCGCAGUUUAACUUCGUGCUCAACCAGUCGCCGUCUAAUAUUCCGUCGCUGCUCGGCAAGGCUUGUAUCGCUUUCAACAAGAAAGACUACCGCGGUGCGCUCGCUUUCUAUAAGAAGGCCCUUCGUACCAACCCAAACUGCCCGGCGGCGGUACGUUUGGGCAUGGGGCAUUGCUUUCUGAAGCUGAACAACCAGGAAAAGGCGAAGUUGGCGUUUCAACGGGCACUGGAUCUCGAGCCGCAGUGCGUUGGAGCGCUGGUGGGGCUUGCCAUUUUGAAACUGAAUCUCCACGAACCCGACUCAAACCGGAUGGGAGUGCAGAUGUUGUCCAAGGCGUACACCAUUGAUUCGUCGAACCCGAUGGUGCUGAAUCAUUUGGCGAACCAUUUCUUCUUCAAAAAAGACUAUAACAAGGUGCAGCAUCUGGCGCUACAUGCGUUCCACAACACGGAAAACGAAGCAAUGCGAGCGGAAAGCUGUUACCAGUUGGCGCGGGCCUUUCAUGUGCAACACGACUACGACCAGGCUUUCCAGUACUACUACCAAUCGACGCAGUUCGCCCCGGCAAAUUUCGUACUGCCACAUUUCGGUCUUGGCCAGAUGUACAUCUAUCGGGGCGAUUCUGAAAACGCCGCCCAGUGCUUCGAGAAAGUACUCAAAGCCCAACCAGGCAACUACGAAACGAUGAAGAUUCUUGGCUCGCUGUACGCCACCUCGUCCUCCCAGUCGAAACGUGAUAUUGCCAAAACCCACCUUAGGAAGGUGACCGACCAGCUGCCGGAAGAUGUCGAGGCGUGGAUUGAGUUGGCACAAAUUCUUGAGCAAAACGACCCCAACGGAUCCCUACAGGCGUACGGUACGGCGACGAGCAUUCUUACCGAGAAGGUAAACGCAGAUAUACCGCCCGAGAUCCUGAACAAUGUGGCCGCGCUCAACUAUCGGCUAGGCUUUCUGGACGAGGCCAUGGCCAAGCUGGAGCAAGCGAUUGAGUGUGCUAAAGCAGAAGCACAGCACGAUGCUCAGUACUACGAUUCGAUCUCCGUUUCGAUGACCUACAAUCUUGCCCGUCUCUACGAAGCGAUGGCUGUGUUCGAUAAGGCGGACAAGCUGUACAAAGACAUUCUGAAGGAGCACCCGAACUACAUCGACUGCUAUCUUCGGCUCGGGUGUAUGGCCCGUGACAAGGGUUUGAUUUUUGUGGCAUCCGAUUUCUUCAAGGACGCUCUGAAAAUUAACAUGGAAAACCCGGACACACGAUCUUUGCUCGGCAAUCUGCAUCUUGCCAAGAUGCAGUGGACGCUCGGUCAGAAGAAUUUCGAAACGAUUCUCAAAAAUCCGGCCACUUCGAGUGAUGCUUAUUCACUGAUCGCCCUCGGUAACUUCUGGCUUCAGAGCUUACACCAACCGAACCGCGACAAGGAGAAGGAGAAGAAACACCAAGAGAAAGCACUGGCCAUCUACAAACAGGUGCUGCGUAACGAUCCGAAGAACAUCUGGGCAGCUAACGGAAUCGGAGCAGUACUGGCCCACCGGGGCUGCAUCAUCGAGGCGCGUGAUAUUUUCGCACAAGUGCGCGAAGCAACGGCCGAUUUCUGUGACGUAUGGAUUAACAUUGCGCACAUCUACGUGGAGCAGAAGCAGUACGUUAGCGCCAUCCAGAUGUACGAGAACUGUCUGAAGAAGUUCUACCGUCACAACAACGUCGAGGUGAUGCAGUAUCUGGCCCGGGCCUACUUUCGCGGUGGCCGGCUGAAGGAGGCAAAAAUGACACUGCUGAAAGCCCGACGUGUCGCCCCGCAGGACACGGUGCUGCUGUUUAACAUAGCGUUGGUCUUGCAGCGACUGGCAACGUUCGUGUUGCGCGACGAAAAGUCGGUAUUGAGUGUUGUCUUGCAGGCGGUCCAUGAGUUGGGAUUGGCACACAAGUACUUCACCUAUCUGGCGGUGCACGGUGACAAGACUCGCUACAACAUCGCGCUUGCCGAGGGUGAGGCAAACCAGUGCCAGGAUCUGCUACAGCAGGCACAGUACCACGUGUCACGGGCACGCAAGAUCGACGAAGAGGAACGUUUGCUGCGACAGAAGCAGGAACUGGAGCGGGAAGAAUUCAAGCGCCGACAAGCGGACGAGAGGCGCAAAAUGGAAGAGAUGCGCCGGAAGGCCCACGAGGAGAUGCUCCAGAAGCGGCAGGAGUACAAGGAGAAGACCAAGGGGGCACUAUUUUUCGCGGAACCACCACCGGAAGUGAAGAAGAAGCCAGGCGGUGGCCGAGGACGCAAGGACUACAUUUCGGACUCGGACGUGAGUGGCGGCGAGGGUGCGAUGGGUGGAAGCGGUGGCGAGGAGCGCAGGCGAAAGGUUGAGAAGGGCGAGAAGAAGGGUCGCAAGUCUACGGGCGGCAAUCGUAAGCGGAAGGAGAAGGCGCCGGCGAGUGAUUCGGAGAGCGAUGGAGAGGAUGAUGGCGGUAGGAAGCGCAGGAAGAAGGGCGCCGGAGCCGGGGCGAGCCAAAAGAAGCGGCAAAGGGCGGACGAAGGGUUGUCGCAGAAACAGAAGAGCCGCAUUCUUUCCAAGGCCACCGUCUCGACAAGCGAAUCCGAUAGCGAUCGUAGUCGUGGGUCGGGCCGCCGCUCGCGUUCCAAGUCACGCUCUGGAUCAAGAUCACGGUCAAGAUCGGGUAGUGGUUCUAGAUCGCGUAGCCGGUCGAAGUCUGGCAGCCGUGGACGUAGCGGAAGUCGUCACAGUGGAAGCCGCAGUCGUAGUGGCAGUCGUCACAGUGGAAGUCGUCACAGUGGAAGCCGCAGCCGCAGCGGAAGUCGCCAUAGUGGAAGCCACAGCCGCAGCCGCAGCGGAAGUCGCCAUAGUGGAAGCCGUAGUCGUAGCGGAAGUCGCGCGCAUGGAGGGUCCCGUUCCCGGAGCCAAUCGCGGUCCAGAUCUCGGUCCGGAUCUCGAUCGAGAUCCCGAUCGGGGUCGGGUAGCCGGCAAGCAUCGCCGAUUUCCCGUAAAUCGGUAUCUGGCUCGGAGUCGGAGUGAGUGUCAGGGAGUUGAGUUAGAGCUUAGGGCAACAGAUGUGUCCUUUCUAGGUUAUCAUAAGUUACGGAUCGAUUCUUGUUAACGAAUCGAUGAAUGACCUGCAUGAAUUAUUUCGAUUGUUCCAACGGUAUGAGAAUUUGUGGUCACUU